AUGGUUCAUAUCUUGGUUGUCCGAGACCAGCUGGAAUUGGUGGCGUAUUUAAGGAUUGCAAUGGCCAUUCUCUCUUGUUUUUCAGAAUAUAUUGGACACUCUUACUCUUAUGUGGCGGAGGCUCUUGCUAUUAGAAAAGCCCUUGUUAUUGGUUCUUCAAAGCAGCUUUCUCAUCUAAUGGUUGAGAGUGAUAAUUUGGGGGUUAUCAAUAUGUUAAAGUCUCAACCUGAACAUAUUCCGUGGAAGAUAGCUUCUAUUAUUAAUGAUUGCCAUCAUCUUUGCUCUAGCUUUGAAUCAAUGAUAUUUACACAUACUAUGAGACAGGGCAAUGCAGUUGCUUAUCAGUUAGCUUUGUUUGGUUCUCGAAAUCGUCUUGCUACUAUUUGGGAUCGUGCCCCUCCUCAUGUUUUAUUUCUCUCUUUGUAUGAAUACUCUUGUGGGAUCUCUUUCCCCUGA